AUGGCUUCUAAGGUCGUCACCGUGGGGCCUCUCUACCAAGGCCCCGACAUCAACAGAAUCCCACUAAGGUCACAGCCAUCCCAAAAGCCAGCCGUCCCCCCAAAACCCCUGGUCCCCUCCAAGUCCAAACUCACCACGAUCGAGGCCAAGAGGAUCAUGACCGUCCUGGAUGAGACCAUCUACAAAGUGGAGCUGGUGACGCUGCUGUCGUAUGUAGCGUCCAACCCGGAGGUCACAGAGGGGGUCCUGGGGGAGGAUGUGGCGGCCAUGAUCCGAGAGCACCAGGACCUCUGUGAGCUCCUGCUGGACGCUGCCAGCCACCUGCAGGAGCAAGAGCAGCAGCUGCUGCAGGAGGAGGACGAGGCCGAGGGCGAAGGCUGGCUGCAAGCCCGCCGCUCCUCCCUGGAGAUGCAGAAGGCCAGCCUCCUGCCGCUGCUGCAGCAGAUCCGAGACUCCACCAGGAACGUGCUGAGGGUCCUGCUCAGCAGCCCCCAGGUCGCCAGCUUCCUGCAGAUGCAGACACAGGGCCGCAGCGCGGAGGCUCAGUCGUUCAUCGACAACCUCCUGGAGCUCCGGGGUUUCCUGUUUGAGAAGCUGCUCACCAGCCCCAUGGAAGCAAGGGAGAAGGCCCAGUUCAUCCAGGACGUCAGCAGGCGCAACCGGAGGAACCAGGAGAUGAUCGACAUUCUGGAAAACGAGCUGGCAGUGGGGAUGAAGAGGAGGAAGGCAGAGGUGGAGAAGGAGAACUUCGUGAUCCAGGAACUGAAGAACCACUUGCACCAGGUGCUCAAGUUCUCGGAGAACAACCUGGCGCGCAUCAAGCAGGAAGCCGAGAAGCAGCAGAAGGCAGACGCGCGGGCCUCGCAGGCCAGGCUGGCCAAGAUCCAGCAGGACAUUCUGCUGCUGCGCAUGCAGUUCAACAACCUGGUCACCGAGAACCGGGAGGCAGAGCAGGCGCUGAGGAAGAAAAAGUAUAAAGUGGAGACGGAAGUGGAGAACUGGAUCCAGAAAUAUGACACAGAGAUGAGUGAGAAGCAGGAGGAGUACGAGGACCUGGAAGUCGUCCACAAGGAGGAGAAGGCCCAGCUAGAGGAGCUGAAGCGGAAGCACGACGUGCUGGUGGAGGAGUACUCCCAGAUCCGCACGGAACGCGAGAUCCUCUCCAAGAAGAGGAUGGAGGCGGAGCACGAGAUGGUGCGCAUGGUGCGCGCGGCCACAAUCAUCCAGGCCGUGUGGAAGGGCUACCUGGUCCGCUCCAUGCUCCGGUCCAAGAAGAAGAAGCGGGCCAAGGCCAAGGGCAAGGACAAGGACAAAGGCAAGGGCAAGGGCAAGGGCAAAGGCAAGAAGUGA